AUGUCAGAAAAACCGCCUCAUCCAAAGGCGGAGAAAAAACGACAAGUUCCUACGGUUGCUUUACCUAAGGAGCCAAAGGAGAAGAAAGGAAUUUUAAGAAGUCUUUCAUUUCAGCUGAGUGUGCAAAAAUUGCGUAGCUCGAAUGUUGCCACUGAAAUUGAAUUCUCGAAUCUUGGGAAGAAGAAGGAUAACCACUAUGACAUGACACCAGAUGUGAGUAGUGAAGAACUGGGACCGGUACGUGGUGUUCAGUGUUACGGAACUCUUAUGAAGAAGUAUAAGAAGAAGAACAGGCCAGCCAAGUGGUCAAAAAGGUUUUUCGUCCUGAAGGAGUGCUUCCUCAUCUACUACUCAACAAGUUUCAAAAAGAGGUUUCAAAAGACCAAGAGGAUAGAUCUACAUCCGAAGGGCAUCAUCCCGUUGAUUGGCUGCUCGAUCGUUUGUGGUGGAGAUGUGGGCAAAAAGCAUUGCCUUCUCAUCGCUCAUCCCCAGUUCCCAACCGCGAUCAUAGUAGCAGCUCCAGACUUCAAAACACAAGAGGAGUGGUUGAAGGCGCUGAGAAGUGCCACAAGGAUAUCGUUCAAAAACACACUGGUCGGUGAGACGAUGAUUCGCGAGUUGGAAAGCCGUGGUGUGAUGUUGUGCGAGGAGAAGAAGACGUACGAGGAGAAGCUGGAGCAGGAGGCGAAGGCGCGCCAGGAGGAGCACGAUCGCGCAGCGGAAUUAGCUCUAAUGAAAGCGGAACUGGAAAGUGAACGCGAGAAGCUUAUUCGUACAACAAAGAAGCUCAAAGAUGAUUUGCAAAAUGUCAGAAACGAACUGAAAGUCACUAACGAGACCAAGAUGACGCUGGAACAGGAAAAAAUAUCUCUAAACUCUAAGAACGAACAUCUCCAAGCAAGCAUGGAGUCUUUAAAUAUCGAGAAGGAGAAGACUGAAGAACAACUGCACAACAUUCUGCGAGAACGCGAGCAGUUCCUGCUAGAAAACCAAAAUUUGUCGACGACUACAUGCCAACUAAAGAAUCGCCUGGCUGAAAUCGAGACGAAGACGAGUUGCAUUCAGGUGGAGAAGGAGAAAAUCGAAAUGCUGCUUCAUAUGAACGAAUGCAAAACACAGGACCUUGAAAAAGAACGACAAUAUUAUACUAAACAGACCAAAGAGCUGCUUCAAAGUCUCAAGGAAGUGAACGAGCAAAAGGAACAUACUGAGUCGGAACUUCGCGAACAAGUCAUGGCUCGUAUUGGAGCAGAGAAACAACUGCAGGCUGCAGAGAAGGCUCUAGAGCACCUCGAAAUGGCGUUGAAAAUGACGGGUGCUCAGAUGACGGAACUACAGGAACACAUUAUGCCCGAUGUACAUAAACUCAGAGAAUAUUUCGAACAAUGUGCGCAUGAAGCUGAGCUUGAAGCUAAUCGUACCGGAAUCAUGCGACAAGCUAUUUAUGCAAGGAACUCACGUAAAGUUUCGAGUUCACCUGAGGUUCCAAACAUAUGA